CGUUUUCUUAGAUUAAAAAUCGUAUAAAAGAAAAGCUGCUUUUCUCGGAAACUCGAGUCGUUGCCCAAGAGCGUCUUCGUGUUUAUUUUAAUGUAAAAAUUAGUUUUCCUAUAACAUUCUUUCCGUGCUUAUAAUUUUUGAUUAACCAAUUAAGGUACCAGCAAUGUCUGUAAUGGGUGACCCGAGCUUUGCUGGCUGGGCCGCCCAGCGUGCCUCCGGCUUUGGCGGAAACAUGACCGUUGUAGACAAAGUGUUGCCGGACAUGUUACACAUGGUCGACGCAUAUUGGUACCAAUUUCCACCAAUGAACCCACUAUGGCACGGCAUUCUGGGAUUCAUGAUUGGAGUCUUGGGCUUCAUCUCCAUUAUAGGAAACGGAAUGGUCGUCUACAUCUUUAUGGGUACUAAGGCGCUUAGAACGCCCUCUAAUUUGCUCGUUGUGAAUCUGGCUUUCUCGGACUUUCUUAUGAUGACUACUAUGGCUCCUCCUAUGGUUAUAAAUUGUUAUUACGAAACAUGGGUUUUAGGUCCGUUCUUUUGUGAACUGUAUGGAAUGUUUGGAUCACUAUUCGGCUGUGGUUCAAUCUGGACUAUGGUCUUCAUAGCAUUGGACAGGUACAAUGUUAUUGUCAAAGGUCUAAGUGCUCAACCUCUUACUAAGAAAACCGCUAUGCUCAGGAUUCUGCUCAUUUGGGCCAUGUCAGUCGGCUGGACCCUUGCACCAAUUUUUGGAUGGAACAGAUACGUUCCAGAAGGCAACAUGACUGCUUGUGGAACCGAUUACCUCAGCAGGGACCCACUCAGUAUCUCCUAUCUUUAUGUUUACGGAUUUUUCGUUUACUUCGUACCACUGUUCACCAUCAUCUACUCAUAUUUCUUCAUUGUGCAGGCUGUUGCUGCCCACGAAAAAUCAAUGAGAGAUCAAGCCAAGAAAAUGAAUGUUGCAUCUCUCCGAUCUUCAGAAGCUUCUCAGACCAGCGCUGAAUGCAAAUUGGCCAAAAUUGCUCUUAUGACCAUCAGCUUAUGGUUUAUGGCAUGGACGCCUUAUUUGGUCACGAACUUUACCGGUAUCUUGGGCAAUUCAAAAAUCAGCCCUCUGGCUACAAUUUGGUGUUCGCUCUUCGCAAAGGCUAACGCCGUGUAUAAUCCUAUUGUAUACGGUAUUAGCCAUCCUAAAUAUAGACAAGCCCUGCAAAAGAAGUUCCCAUCUUUGAUUUGUGGCACUGAACCUGACGAUAGCGUUUCUACAGUUACUGGUGCAUCAAACGUGGCAGAAAAGGCUGAAGCUUAAAUGUAAGGCACGUGAUGAAUUUUUUACUACUGAAUUUUGAUGUACAGACCUGAAAAUAUUAUAAAUAUUUGUAAAUAUGAAAAAACAAAAAAGGACAAAACACAAAAGUGAUGGACUCGCAUUGCGAUGUUUUUUGUUAACAAUAAACCCAGCAAGCAUUGUUUGUGUUUUUAUUUAUCUCCCUUAAAUUGAGUGGUUCAGUGCCAGACUUGCCUAAAAAAUUUAUUAAAAGUGAGAAAAUGGAGACCAUAACACUUUACCUGUAUCUACUGAAAACGUAUUAUUUUAAUAGGCAACUUUGGUACGUACUGAAAUGAUUUUUUUAAUAAUAAUAGGUAUAUGAAGACCGGUUGUUUUGAAAUUUUGUUAGUUAGGCAACUCUAGCAUUUUUGAGGCCUACAUAGGGGAUUUUAUUAGUGAAUUGUAAAAUAUAUUCUAUAUAUCUGAAUUGUCUAGGAGA